ACAAUCUGGCCUGGCUAUGGCAUUUUCUUGGUUUAUAAAAAUUCACAGUGGCCAUCUCCUUUAAGAUUCAUGAUGAUAAUUAGUGGUUGGAUCAAGGAUGGAUUAACAUGUUUUAUUUUUUCCCCAAACACUUGUGAAUUAAUUUACCCCUUCAGUAAAUUACCAGAGUAAUCAAAGUUUUUUACUAUUAUUUUUAGCUUCCCCCAGCUUCGUGCAGUCACAAUUUGGCGGGUGAUCCAACUAAAUGCUUGACAGGUAAUCCAACCAACUCCCCCGUAUAAAGUAUAAACCUCUUUUGUCCCUGGAAGAUCAAUCACAGAUUCACACUACUAGGUCUCUUACGCAGAAGGAGAAACAAAAAAUAGUGUAAAUAAGUAAGAAAAAAAAACAAGAGAGAAAAUACCCACCAUACAGAACAAAAUUUCACCCAAAAACUAGACCAGGGCAAAAGAAAGUGAAAAGAAUAGAUGAAAAAGAAAAGAAAACAGUAGUAAUAAUAGUUAUACAAAUACAAACCCUUUUGAAGGCUAGGGAGAAAGAAAAGAGAGAGAGAGAGAGAAAUGAAAAGGGAAGAAAAAAGUGGAGAAGCAGAAAAGGGGGAAAACUUGUGUGAAAAGUUGAGUAGGAGGGUAUUAUUGGUAGGGAAUAGGAAAGGAGGGGGCCCUUGUACUCCACUCCCUUCUUGGAAACUUUACCACCUUCAGCCUCAGGCUAACCUUCAUCAUCGUGACAAUAUCCCUCCUCCUCCUCCCCCUGCCACUGUGUCUGCAAGAAAGUUAGCUGCAUCCCUCUGGGAGUUUCAUCAAUACCUUCCUCAUCAUCAACCUAAAAUGCGUAGAGGUGGUGUUAACAACAGUAAUGGCCGGUACCACCAACGCCACCACAACAAUCUUUUUAAGGAUAAAGGCAUUGACUUUUCUCAAUUCUUGGCUGAUCCUUGCCCCAGCUCUGAUCCUGACCGGCCGGAGAGUUCAAGCAGUUUGAGGAGGCAUGUUGCUCAAACACUAAUGAAACACCAUCGAUCAAUUGGAAAAAAUAAUCAUACCUUACAGCCUGUAUCUCCUGCAAGUUAUGGCAGUUCAAUGGAGGUGGCACCUUACAAUCCUGCAGUCACCCCUGGUAGUUCCUUAGAUUUUAGAGGAAGGAUCGGUGAGUCGCAUUAUAAUCUCAAAACAUCUACAGAACUGCUAAAAGUACUAAACCAUAUUUGGAGCCUGGAAGAACAACAUGCGUCUAAUAUAUCAUUGAUAAAAGCAUUGAAGAUGGAACUAGAUCAUGCCCGUAUGAGGAUCAAGGAGUUGCUUCGAGAUCAGCAAGCAGAUCAACACGAAAUUGAUGAUUUGAUGAAGCAGAUUGCUGAAGACAAACUAGUUAGGAAGAGUAAGGAACAAGACCGGAUUCAUGCUGCUGUACAGUCUGUGAAGGAUGAACUAGAAGAUGAGAGAAAGUUGAGAAAACGUUCAGAGAGUCUACACAGGAAGUUAGCUCGUGAAGUAUCUGAGGCAAAAUCUUCUCUUUCUAAUGCCUUGAAAGACUUUGAAAGAGAAAAGAAAUCACGAAAGCUUUUGGAAGAUCUUUGUGAUGAGUUUGCGAGGGGAAUAAAAAGCUAUGAACUAGAGGUGCAUACACUGAGGCAGAAAUCUGAUGAAGAUUGGGCAGGAGCUGCUGACCAUGAUCGGUUGAUUCUUCAUAUAUCUGAAUCAUGGCUUGAUGAGCGGAUGCAGAUGAAGCUGGAAGAAGCUCAGUCUGGUUUUUCUGAACAAAAUUCAGUAGUAGACAAAUUAGGCUUUGAAAUAGAGACCUUCCUUCAAGCUAAAAGGAUUGGUACUUUUGUUUCUAAGCCUUCUGAUUAUUUGUCACGAAGGGAUUGCAGGAAGUCAUUUGAAUAUGUCCCUUUAAACGAGGCUGUAAGUGCAGCUAGGGAUAUUUGUGAGGAGGAAGAUUCUGCUAGCAGUGAUUCGAAUUGUUUUGAGCUGAAUAAACCAAGCAGUGUUGACUUGAAAUCACAUGAAGGUGAAGCUCUAAACGAUGAUAUCCAGGAAAUAAUGAAAUCAAAUGAAACGGAGAAAAAACCUUCAUCUCCUGAGAAGAGUAAAAGUCGGCAUCCAUCUAGAUUACAGGUUAAGUUCGAAGAAAAGAUGGCAAGAGCCAUGUGUAACGGAAAUAAAAAGUCCCAGUUGGCCGAUUCAGAACAGGAAAAUACUGGUGUGGGGAACACUGAAAUAACUGUAUCACAAAAAUUUGAAAAUGAUGAAGCUACCCAAUGUGGCAGCAAGGGAAGAAAUAAUAAGCUUGAUGAGAUACAUGGAUUGAGCUCAAAUUAUGUGCUGGAUAACUUGAUAAGAAAUCAUAUAGCACUGUCUGAAGGUGGGAAUAUACAUCCUGAAAACGACUGUGGUGAGGCUUCUUGUAGUUUCCCUCCACGUAGGAACCAGCCUAGUCCAGUGCGACAAUGGAUGACUAAAUUCACAUCCCCCGAACUAGAUGUAUCCGAGUCUUCGACGAAGCCACUUCCAGGAACGAAGGAUAACACUUUGAAGGCCAAGCUUCUUGAAGCAAGGUCGAAAGGGCAACGUUCUCGAUUAAAAAUUUUCAAGGGCAAGUCAUAGCUCACAGGUUUUGGUGAAAGAUCAAGUGAAAAGCUCACAGGAUUGACUGCUUCUCCGCUGCUUGUAGUCCGAGCAUUAUGUUACAUGAAUACUGGCCACGAUGCACGUUAAUCUGCACGCUGCUAUGUCAGAAUGUAAUUCUUCUUAAUGUCUGUAUGUUUGAGUAAUGUUACAACAUAGUUACGAAUCAGAUGAAUUGUGGGUCCAUUGCAAUUUUGAGUAACUCCAUCUGUCUGAAGCGAUCAUUCCGGCUUUGUCAUCCAUGCCUUGUAGAUUAAAAAUUUUCAAUCCAGAGACUUAAGAGG